CGCCUCUUCCACUCUGGUCUCUCCAUCCAAGUUGGACUAAGCUUGCCGCCCUGGUCACAAAACAGCAACACAAGAGACAGUGCAAUCUCGGGGCCCCGUCGCCCGCUGGUGGUGCCGCUCUUGGCCCUGUGCAUCCUGCUGCAAGGCCAAACUCUGGCUCAUCCGCCGAAGUAGGCAGAUCUCCAACAGCUAGUUUAAUUGGACUACUGCCAAAACAACCCCCCCGCCUUAACUUGGACGAGGUUUGGGAGAGCGCGAGCGCAUCAUACGGGGAGUAAGCAAAGCUGCGCCCAGCUAUGCAGGAGACGACAGCCCUUGAACACGGGCUACUUUGCGACGACCCUUUGCUUGGCUCAGCUCAUGAGGCUACCAGGGGAUGGAUGGAUGAUGGGAGGAAAUGAGUUGAGCAAUCUUUCAGGGCUCCCAUGGUCGACGCGCCCACCGCACCGCGCUACCUAUGAAGGACUGUAAGACAGACCGAGCACGGUCCGCCAAUCAUGGCCGUACAUACUCCGUAUGCUAUCAAAAAUUGUCGCUUUACUCCAUCGUUCCAUCAAAGCCCGCCCGCCAUCCAGUCCCGUCAGCACAGAAACCGGAACACAUGGCGUCUGUGUUUCCGGCCUAUCGCGAACCGGAACAGCUGGCUGCCACUCUCCUGUGUCGCCGUGCUUGAAUCAGGAGUAAAAGUACGCUGCAUUCGCCUAGAGCAAGCUGACAUAUUUUUCUUUUCUCGUAAAUCCGUUGGGAUUGGAUUUUCCAGCCUCGAACCAGAGGCGGGCCGAAGAGUUGAACAGUGGGCUGGCUGGCUACCUUCGGGCUUCCUCCUUGACUGGCUACCUAGAUACCCAGGUAGCCUUUUCCGCCCAUUCGCGCCGAGGACACCCCGGGAAAACGGGUCCAGAGAUCUUCGUAAUUCUCCGCUGCAACCGUCAACGGGUCCAAGGCCAACGCAGGGCUCCUGCCCAUCACGCGGCAUUACACAACACGAGAGAAGAGGCCAAGAUUGCUCAGGAGGAAGGACUAUUGUGCCGAUCGCUUUUGCCUCCGGCUUUGGUCUCAGAGCGAAAGCGGGUUUCCGAGUCGAGUCAACCGCCGCCGUUGCCGCCGCCGCCACCAGUCAGUGGGUUCCGAAAGAAAAGAAAAGAAAGAGAAAAAAAGUGAGAGAAGGUCGCUCCGCGCUGCUGACCGCAACGUUUCAUGAAGAUGAACCCGCCACUCGAGUCCGUUCUAGCGGGGUGUGUGAAUGGCUGCUGCGUCGGGGGCCAGAACGGCUGCAUCGGCGUCGUCCGUCUCAUGCAAUCAAUCAUCGUCAUAUCGAGAGGUCAAACUAUCCCCAACCCAAGCUCCAAACUGGCUGCAGCGUUCGUUCCUUCCAUGGGCUGCGAGCACUCGUAUCCAGUUGGCCGGGCUGCCUCAAACCCACGUCUAGCGAGCUGUCAGGCGGUGGCUGUGCUAGCCAACAGUCGACGAUAUACGGAUACUUUGGCAUCUGCUUUCUUUCAACCCCGCCACCUGGUUCCUCUUCCAGCCUUCGAGAGACAGGUUUCCCCAGUCGCUGGCAUCUCAAAAGAAAAACAUAUGCGAUGCCGCCAUCCCCCGGCAAAUCGUUCCAAAAAAAAAAAAAAAAAAAAAAAACCAUCCGGGCGGAUCGAUCCUUGGAAAGCGAGCCCUCACGAGCCAGGAGCGCACCGCUAGCGCCAGCGGCAUCUCUAUAAUUAACACCAACGAGUCAGGGGCGGUUAAGGCGACAAAAGCGGCGUGCUAUGCUAGAUGGAGCACCUGACACCCCUCCGCUGACCGUUGACAGAUACCUCGUAAAAGCCCCUC